GCGUUACCCCGUUUUAGGGGCAACGAAUUUCUUUCUACUAAUAAAGUUUUGUUCCUCUUCCCGAUACGUGGGCCGAUCCCGAAGAUAGUGAAAUAACGGGCCGACCCGCGGCGAAGGUGCAGUUCGCCAUUAAGGGGGCCACAUUCACAGCUUCGCUGGUCAUCCUUCUUCACACAGUGGAAGGGCACAAAUUUUCUUUUCUUUUUUUUUUCAAGGUCAUCUGGAGCAUGAACCACUUAAGGCUUUCACCUAAAUGUGUGAAUCCCAUGGCAACUGUCGUUGCUGAAUGCCGUGGAGUUGACACGGAAAACGUAUUCGAAACGCCGCCCAAAUUUCCAGCACCGUGCUGCCACCUCGUGACAGACCCCACUGCCCUUAAUCUCGCAGCAUGGCCUCGGAGAUCGUGCGAGCGCGAUUUAGGAGGCCAUAUUCGAAAAACAUCAGCUAGUUUCGGUUUCGUUUACUUGCGGUGUACUUGCGUUUUUUAGCUCCCCAACGUUCUCGGUUUACUCUGGCUUCAGUCGACGACCACGUGUUAUAGUCGCACGAUCAAUUUCUCUCUUCUUUUUUUGCAUAAUCAUCGAAAUGGCCGUGCAAGUCAUAGCAGCAACGCCAAGUGAGAGCCGAAAGUCAUGAACAUAGAGUUUCGCACUAUAUUUCUAUGGUCAUGAAGUUGUGGAAGCAUAGAUGGAAGUACAUACUCAACGGGCACUGAAAUUUGUUGCAUGCGAACACGGCGUUAUAUGUGCAGACCCUGAUGAAGUCCGGCUGAAGUGCGACUGGUGCAAGUCCUUUUCUCUGGUCGCAACCGACGCAAAUACAUCUUACUUAAUUAGAAAGCGCAGUCAAAAUAAUAUGCAACGAAAAGAAGCUGCACUUGCUGAAGUUUUGCACUGUUAUGCCAUUGCGUGCACGUCAAUCAGCGCCGCGGGACCUCCGUGGAAAUUGAAUUCGCGCUUUACCAGUGUUUACAUACAGCUGGGCACACGUGUUGGCAUAUCAUGUAGGCGCGUUCACAAAUACACUUCUACGGCUCGUGCAGAAGACGGGCCUGUGUUGUUAGCCCGAAGAAAAUCGUCCACUUUGGACGAGGUUCAACCUUGCGGCCUGUCGUGGUGUACAGACGCGCUGGCAGCUAGCUCGCUUCCGGUGCCCUUCGCUUGAAUAUCUGGCGUGCACUCCGUACCUGUCCGCUCCUCUCCGUCCUGUUUGCAUGAGAGGCGUUUCACGCCUGUCCGACCGGUUUUGCUUCUGCUUUUAUGAACAGGCGCGUAGCACACGCCGGAGUAGGACGCCACCCAUGCAACAUGGCGGCGAAACCAAGCCGUUUUCAGUGCGCUGGGAGUUUCAUCUGAGCCGUGUGCGGUGAAGACCGACACCAUGUGAAAUGCGCCCGCAAGUGCCGUUACCCGAUCCCUCCGAGGCUUCGCCCGCCAGUUCGUGAGCGUCACCUGCCGCUUGAAAACCCAGCGCGCCGUAAGGAAAGUCUCUCCGUUCUUUUGUUUCGCUCGUGACGGCAAGCGAGUGUGCCGCUCAAGGAUUGCUAGCGCCGGCACUGUUUCGUCAACGACCUAUGGAUUGCUGGUCUCACUGAUUUUUCCCUUGUUCCUGGUUGCUUGGAGAAGUAGGCUGGCAUGGGGCGACGUUGGCUUUGGCUUUUUCUCGCAUGGCUUCCAGCCUGCAACUCCCUCAGAGGACCUCGAAUCGUCUCCCUGGAGAACUCAACGGAGACCACACUGGAUAUCAAGUGGACCCCAGUGGCCUCAACAAAUGUCAACCUGUACACGGUCCGUGCCAGCCCAAUUCAAACCUAUGGCCCCCUGUUAGGUCCAAGCCAGGAGUGGAAGUACACAAGUGCUCGCCAGGCUGGCCUCUUGGGCCUGCACCCAGGCACCCUGUACAAUGUAAGCGUGUGGGCCGAUACAGCCGACGGCCCCAGUGAGACCACUUCAAUAGUGGUUUGGACGGAGGUCGGAGAGCCAGACCUGCCACCUACUGUACAAGUUCUGUCACGCAAUGGCACCCAGAUGGUCGUGCAGCUCUCACCAGGGACAAGUUCCAGAGGUCCAAUUACGGGUUACCGACUCGUUGCGUUUGAGCGGAGUAGCCUCAUGGCAUUUAGCCCGGAGCGGCUGGCAGGGCAUCGAGAAGCUGCAGAGGCCGGCACGCCGUUCUACAUUGCAGCUGAAGUGGGACCAGAGUGGGAAAAUCGGACAUUCGUAUUCGGCGAUGGCCGCUCCUAUGGUGGAUUUAUCAACGCCCCCCUGUCGCCCAGUGAAGACUACCUUCCAAUUCAAGGUGUUGCCAGCACGCUCAAUGGGGUGACCAAAUACGCAUACUCGGUGGAAGGCCCAAGCACGGAGCGUAUUCAGCCACCUGUUAUUGUAAUAGACGAGAGGUCACAAGUGUUGUCCUCGUGGCUCUCGGCUGCUACGGCCCUGGGCGCCUGCCUGCUGUUGGCAUUCAUCGUGGCUUAUGUCUUUGCUCGGCGCCACUACAGCCGCCGCAGGAGACGCACCGAGGAGUUGAUGCUGCGCUCUCACCCGAGCUUGGACAUGGACGAUGUCACUCCAUUUAGUGCGGGCUCGCUGCAACUGGGCGAGGGAGCCGACCUUGGGGCGUUUUACACCCAGCUGCGUUCUAUGCUGCCCCUGGUGCCUCGGUCGCGACUGCUUCUCUCGGAUACCACGCUCGGCCAGGGCCGAUUCGGGCCAGUCCGAGCCGGGCACCUUGUCACAGAGGACAGCCGAAAGGUGCCAGUGAGCGUGCAACGCUGUCCAGCCGAGUGGACACUGCCAGAUCAUGAACGCAGAAGUCUUCUGGCAGAUAUUGAGGUCAUGCUUCGCAUCGGCAGUCACCCCAACGUGGUCCAAUUCAUGGGCGCUUGUGAAGACGAGCCUGAGCUGCUUCAAUUGGCUGUAGAGCAGCCUUCAAGUUCACUGCGUGGCCUCUUGCUGACCAGUCGCCACGGUGCAGAGGGUCGAGUGUCGGCGAUCCCUGAGGAACGCCUCGUCGGCCUGCUGGUGUCAUUGGCAGCGGGCAUGCACCAUUUGUCAUCCAGAGGGAUCCAGCAUGGCCAAUUGUCCACUCGGUGUGUAACCAUGGUCGAACCACUGAUGCCCAAGAUCAGCUAUUUUGGUCUGGCCCGGUAUAGCCCUCUAGGAAAGAAACUUGACUUCACCCGGUGGUUAGCCCCUGAAACCCUGAGGACUGGAAGCCACACAGAGAAGAGUGACGUGUGGUCCUUUGCAGUACUUAUGUGGGAAACGUUCACCUUAGGUGGAAGUCCAUAUGUGGACCUAUCAACUUCCGAGGUGGCUGACCGUGUGAUGCGGGGCCUGAGGCUGACAAGGCCACGAGGAGUGUCGAUUCCCCUCUAUCGUCUCAUGCAACAGUGCUGGCAUCAACAGGCCAGGGACCGGCCCACUUUCCAAGAACUGCACAGCUCCCUCCAAGCAUUACAACCAGAUGCCCUGCAGUUCACCUACCACGCCGGAUAUACAUACAACAAGUUCAACCCCCUGGCUGACGAAGCAUGACAAGCCAGCAGAGGCCAUCUACUCCAGCCAUGGCUGCUUGCAAGUGAAGCCCGGUGACCCGGCAGCUACAUUCCAGUGAUCCACAACAGUGGACAGUACUUUUUUACUUGCAGCAGCAUUGUAAAGAAUCUCAAGACGGGCACUUCAGGGCACACGAGUUUGAUGAAGUGUUGCACAGACGUGUGUGUGUGUGUGCAUGAAACACUGUUCGCCACAAAGGAAGGGAGGCUUUUGCAUUUGGUAUUCAAAGUGACUCUCACGUUUCUCACUGCAUGGAAGGUACCAACAAGGAAAAGGUCAUUACUUUGAGCUCACAUUUAUGAACACAACACAAUGAAGUCACAGGAAGAAAGGGCACCACAAUCUCAAAAACAUGGCAGAGUUCCAAGCAGCUCCAAGUCACUACCCAAUGCUAUUAUUAGCAAUUAAUGCACAACUACAACAGCAGUUUUAAGGGUCUUAUAGGAUGGUGUCCUGACCCCCCCCCCCCCCCGCCCCCCGUUUCUGCUCCCCCCCUGUAGCAUAUUUGCCAUCACUCCCUAAUUUUUCAUGAUGUCUACGAAUUUUGGCCUGUUCCACAAUUUUAUGAGUGUUGCGGCAAGUUUUGCAAAAAGCAGGUUCUAUUUGUGAAAAAAAGUUCUGAACGUGUCAAAACAUGCGGGCAGUGCAAGGUUGUAAAAGAAUGCAUACAAGAAAGAAAUUGUGAUGGUACCUAUGCCACCCUUUCAUGGCAGCACAAGAUGCCAUAUACCAGAGGGAUGCUUGCUUCGAGAGAGUUUAUUCAGACAAGCUUCUGAAGCAUGCAAAAUUGGCAACAGCAAAGUCAUUUAAAGGUCUCUGGGGUCAAAGAAAAAUAUGCUGCUUUUCAAUCUCUGCUGUGCCAAGUUUGUUUCGUCUAGCGGGCUGCAUGUAAACCUAAGUCAUUGUUAAUAAAAUGUGUCUGUAUCCCACAAAACAUGUGUCCUCAGGGCAAAGUUUAAAAAUAAAUGCGUGCAACCCCCCCCCCCCCCCCCCCCACCCCCCAGUUUGUCAUGUCAGCAAGAUUUUGAAGAAUUUUAAAGUUCACAUGUUGGCAGGUAUCCCACAGUGACAUGUCGGAGCAAGGUGUGGAAAAGCAGUACGAAGAAAUGGCUGCCGAAACAGAUACUAGAUGAAGUCAAAGCCCGUGGUGCAGUGCCAUGGAACAUUUAUGACAUUCACUGAUGCAAUACCGGCAAUCUGCUGUUCUGCUUUCUACCAGUAGCAAGUCAUCAAGGCCCUCCAGAUUGUCACACCACCUCUAUGCCAAAAGACUCUCCCACAAGACACAUCAGCUCCUGUUCUUUUUUAGUGCUGUGUUCAUGGUGCACUGUCAGUAGGCUGUUUUUUUUUUUUUCCUACUUGGCAUUGACCUCUUGACUUCAAUUUCCUUUCUAUACUCAUGACAGUGACAUAUAACACAUGUUACUAGGCAUGCUCAAACAACCAAUAGCUCACUCGGUUUUCUAAGCGACUGAAAAGGUAUGUGCAAGUAGCCAUCAAAAUGACUAUUUGAACAUACCCGCGUGAUAUGACGCAAGAUGCGUGUGCCACAUGUAAUGAAUAUCUAAGGUUCCUGUGUAAAGCAAGUUAUUUGACCCACCUGCCAUCACGUGGCUGACCUGGCAAGGUGUGCCUUGCAGCAUGUAUAGCCCAAUGUGGCCAUUUUUGGACUAAAAAGUGGAUAAUCACUUUUGUAAGCUGCUUUGCUGCUUCCUGCCACAUUAGCAUUGCUUUUCUUUGUAUGUGUGUGUGUGUACAUGUGUUCACUCUCGCCAAGUGUACAGAAAAGGAGUGAUAAAAAAAGCAAACAUUUGCUAUGUAUUUGCUAUGUUCCUGAACAGCUCUUAUACAGCACGUGCUUUCAGGGUGGGUUGUUUGACGUGGUUUAGAGUGGAAUCUUAUGGUUCUUCCAGCAAUGUGCUGAGCAUAAGUAAUUUCAAGUUGUCUUUCUGUGAUACUCUUACGUACUCAUGCAAAGCACACGGUCCAUGUGACUUUGAAAGUUUCCGUCCUACGCCUUUUUUCUCAACUGUUCUUGUUACUUUAUUCUUUUUUCUCUAUGUUCAAAGUAGGGGCAAUCUAGGUAGUGGCCCAACGUAUACAUUCCAAAUGAAACAGUCACAGUUCUACUUGGCUGAAAAUGCACCAGAAUUUGUGCAGCAUUUUCAGUAAAUUAUCACGUAAAGUGCAACAAUACCUUGGUUUGGGCGAGUUGGUUAAUCUUGACAGUUUUCAUUAAAAAGCGCUGAAGAUGAAGACAAAAAGGCACACAUGACAGGACGGGCGCUGAACUUCGUACUGGCAUUUAUUUCAAACCAUCAUCUAUUUAACCCUUUCGCUGUCGGACCUUUCUGGCCGUGACGCACCCCCAGUUUCGGCUUGGUUUCAGGGAACGAGCAUAACAGGGAAUGAACAUAGCAAUUUAUUUUUGGUUAUGAUUGGUAUCAAAUAACAUAGUCAAUGCAAUAAGCACAUUUCAGUGUUCUGUAGCUGUUGUUAGUAAACAUCAUCAUCAUCAUCAGCCUGACUAUAAAAUCCGUUCAACAUCCGAAUCUGACGAUGCGGAACCCUCUUCCUCGCAUGCGACUCUGUCCGAGUCCGAAUCCGAGCUCGGCUCGUAUUCUGAAUCGGAAUUGAGCCACCGCUCCAAUGAGCAGACGAAGGUCCCGCGCACUCAGCCAUCCGAAAGUAACUGCGCGCAGGGAGGAUGCGCUUUCACUCGCCCGCACAACGGAGAGAAAUGGGACGUUGCGUGAUCAAGAAGACAGAAGGAGAUGGAAAAAGGCUAAACAAAGUUCGAAGGGCUUUACGUUGACUGCUGCAAGUCGGAAGCGAGGGUGCGGCGAGAGAGCGAAAGCAGCAAUCGAGUCACUCUUUUCGGAGAGGCAACGGCACGUGCGCCUGAACUUGACGUGCCGUAGCAGACACACCAACAGAAGAAAAAUAAAAACCUUCAAACCAGCGGAGAUGGCAGAACAACCCUUGAACCCAUAACCACACGCGCGCGACGCAUGAUCCAGCGAACGCGGAGCCACCGCGCCACUCAGCAAAGAGAAAGUGGGGAGUGGAAGUCGCACCGUACUCUUCAAUACAUGGAUUAACACAGAUCGGGGUGAAUAUACGAACUUGUAGAAAGAGUAAACAGAUGGCGUGGCCAAUCCAGGAGCACCAGCUUUGCGCUCAGGCGCGAAAUUUUUAACGCACGAUAGAGAACGUACCGGUACGUCAGUGACACUGCGGGGGGGAAACGCGAUGACGUACCGGUACGUCCGUGACAGCGAAAGGGUUAAGCAUUACGCAUCAGGUACAUCAUGCACGCACCAUCAUACAAAUGAUUGUGUAUGUCGUACAGUUCAUAGAAUACUAUUGUAUGGUCAGCCACCUAGAUACCUCGAAAGAAAUGUCACUUAUUUUUCCUGCUAUGCCAAAGACGGACAGCCGAUGCACUUGUUCACCAAAUUGAGCACAGUGCGUCUAGCCAAGUAGGCAGAUUGAAACAUGCAGAAUUUCUGUCGCUUUGUCUUUGAGACAUUACUUCAAAAAUUUAAACAGGGACGGCAAUGCCCAACCGAAGAUUGUGACAAAAGACCUGUGCAUGUAACUCCAUACCUCCACAAUGUUUCACAUAAUUUGAAAAAGGUCACAAACCGACACAAUGUCAAUCCAGUUUUUUUCAGCACCUUUUAAGUUGUCAGCAGUGUGUAACCUAAAAAACAAAAAGCUCCAGAAACACACGCAAUGCCAUACUAAUCACCAGACCAAUUACACCAAAUGUACUUCAGAUGUUGUGUAUCAGAUACCCUUGGAACAAACCGGCCAGUGGUUCAACGACAGGGCUAGACAGCACAAUAAUGACGGACAAGGAUACAGUAGUCGCUUGGCUGAUCACUGCAAAAAGUGCACAUGCAAACACGUUUGGCAACACUACUUUCUUGAGGAAAGAAAAAAAAAAGAACAGAAUGCAGCAAGAUAGUUGAAGCGUAUUUCAUAAGGAAGGCAGGUAACAAGCGCACUUGUCAACUGUCCGUCUUUGGCUUUGCAGGAAAAAUAAGUGCCAUUUCUUUCGAGGUAUCUGGGAACGUGAACUGAAUGACCAUAUAAUAGUAUGUAUGAACUGUAUGCCUCAGACAAUCUUUCGUGUAAUGAUGCGCGUGAUGUACCUGAUGCGCAGUGCUUGAAUAGACGAUUGUUUGAAAUAAGUGCCAGUUGGAAGUUCAGCGCCCAUCCUGUCGUAUGUGUGCCUUUUCGUCUUAAUAUUUAGCACUUUAUGAAAACUGUCAAUCUAAAAUGCAUUUGCGACUUCAAUAAAAAAGUGUUUUAGGGUCCCUUUAAGAAAGCAUAGAUGAACAAAGCCCAAAUGCAUUUCUGUAUUUUAAUUGUGUGAACAAGGUCGCCCACUGUUAUGGUCAAACAUCUCGUUAGAAUCCAGUCCAGUCAUAACCCCGUGGAAGUGGACAACCCUGUGCGCAAGCCUUUCCAUUCAAGUGUUUAGAGAACGGACAUCAGCCGAGGUUGCAUGCAACUUUUCACUAUGUACACCACUGGGAAAAAGUAUUCAACAUUAACGGCACACUUUCGAUGCCAACAGGUGGUGUCCAAAUCACAGCCCCCAGUGACGGCUCCCUUGCAGUAACAAGAGCCAAUCUCGAAGGACAUGCUUUUACGUGCGCAUGUGCUGGAACCAAGUCAUGGUUGCCAUGUUUUGAACACCACUUAUACAACAAUGGGGAACAUUUGCAGUAGUUGUGAAACAAUGGUCUAGUUGUUCAUGUGUGAAAAGUGCUCAAUGUAUUUUGUAUUUAAUAGUAGUCUGCUUGUACGUAAUUAUAACUGUUUAUAACAGUGCGGUAUAUGUCAUAUAUUGGAGGCUGUGUAAAACCAGCUUAGAUACUCCAAUUAUAUGCAGUCAUACAAUUGAUUUUGCAACCUACUCAACAUUGAACUGAAUUUGGCCCAUACUCAGAACAGUUAUCCCUCCUUUGUAAUUGCACUUGAAUUUUGUAAACCUCCUUGAAUUUCGUAAACCUUUUUUUAUAUAUAUUCAUGACAGUACUAUGUAGAUUUUGAUUUUAUUCCGAGGUGAGGUUGUUGGCUUUCUUUGUUUUGCAUUCAAGCUUUUUAACCAAAGCCCUACUUUUUUGACAAAGUGACUGUGAACGCGAUUUUGCAUUUCUACCUGACCAGCCAAUAUUUCAUUUCGCGUCUGGCUCACUGUGAGCCAUCACAGUGAUACAAUACUAUUCAUUAUUGUUUUCCCACUUACAUUGCACAUUUUUCUGCCUGUUCAAGGUUGUGUAAAUUUCCUAGUUCAUACCCCAUUGCUACAAGGACAGGUAAACUGAUAACACAUAACGUAAUUAAUCAUCCCACUUUUCAUUCCACUUGUUUCUGUGACACCAAGCAAAACACCUAAUAAUGCUGUGAAAGCCUGUGAAACUCUGAACGUGGGUAAUAACAAUCCUGUUACACAUUGCUAGAAUGUAUAAGUGUGCUAUUAUUGCAAGCUGCUGUACAUCUACGGAAUCACUUACUGAUAAGGGCGUGUGCGAAUAUUAGAAAUUUAGAACACAAAUCCAAUAUGUCAGCUUCAAAUCAAAGUACUGCAUUCAAUUUCUUCAAAUAUUCGAUUAUCGCCACAUGCGCAUAGCCACUGUAUUUACUGAAGCUUGUCUGCCCGGGCAAAUGGCUGUUUCAAGUGCCCAAUGUGAGCCAGCCAGGAAGUAUACGGCUCAUUUCUAAACUGCCCAGUUGAUGAAUGAACUCGAAAUGAUAUUCGCACGUAACGUACAUUCUUUGGGCCGAGACCGCCGGGCUGGCUACAGCCUGCUUAAAUGACUUCCUUUGGUUUGCCACAAGUUCCAACAGCCUUGGGAACGAAAGGAGCUUUUGUAUCCAAUGAUCUGGAGUGUAAUGAGCACCACAAGAACCACUUAUGUAUGGCGGAGGGACAGAGCAGCCCAUAAACUUUCGACAGAAACUGUGCAUGAGUUGAUUCACUUCCUCUCUCUUUUUGCAUCUGUGCCACAAUGCUGUUCAUUCCCCCUGCCACACUCUUUCUUUCCCUACUUUUAGGAGCAGGAAAAUAUUUAGUAUGCAAUGCAAUAUUCAAAUCCUUUUUUUUCCCCCUAAUAUUUAUAUUCAUUUUGAGAGUUUCGCUGUUCGAAUAUCCCUACUUUCACAGAUAUGCUGCGCUCAAUUUGUGCAGUGGGUUGCAACUUCAGGAACCACGUCGCAUCAUGUUUGUGCAAUAUUCUGUCAAGCCCGUGUGCCCUGUUGUUCUUGUGACGUCAAGAAUGUCUACUCAAGUUUCUUUUGUUUUAUCUGCAUCACUCGUCGCAGCUCUUGUCAACCGCUGUGCUCUGAAGGCACUUCGAGGAUUGUUCAGCAAGAUUAUACGUCCUCUGCGAUGUCAUUCACUGCCUUUGUACACUUGCAAGGUUUUUAUACCGGUGCUUUUAUUUUACAUUUAACGCUGGAGCUCGUCCUUGCAAUAUGCUCAGAUAGACUUGUGUUAUUGAAAUAAAGAUAUGCUUCUUUUUUUAA